UAUGUUACUAUAACGGUUUUAAAUAUUGCGUCAAAGUUAUUUUGCGAAAGUUUGAAAAUUUACGUUAAUACGUAUACAUAUAUACGAACGCGAGGAUUUGAAGUAAAUUUUAUAAAAAAACUAGGAUACAAAUUGAGGUGAUCAGUUGCCGCAUUUAUCAAGACUCAAGAUUGAGACAAAGAAGCAAAGAAGCAGUAGUUUCAGGGAUUGGUGCCUAAUUAACCGGUCUCUGCUGGGAGAUUUGUUAAGCCAUUGCCUAGAAAGCAUUAAGCAUAUAAGUUCUUUAAGAAGCAGUUCCUACAUUAAGACAUUUAUAUAUUGUUGAUAGACAUAUAUGUGAAAAUGUGUGAAGAGGAAGAGUCUAGUAUCAUACGUCAAGUACAUACGAUUUAUUUUCGUAUUAAUGAUCAGCCUUCCUUCGCUAAAAGAGGAUUGACUAAACCUGCAUAUCUUCAAUUAAAAUAUGAUGAUAAAGCGACUUGGGAAUUUUUUCAAAAAAUGUACGGUUCGAGAGUUAAAAAGUGGAAUCCAGCUGUCGAUGUUUUGUACCGAUCGAUUAAUGAUGUUGAUUAUACACAAGUUAUGAUGCCAAAACAAGUAUUUACUGAAAACAGAGAUCCUCUGGCAUAUGAUAUAUCAAUAGCAGAUCCAUCUUCGAGCAAGAAUUCUAAUCCCACAUUUCGAAUAGAAUCAGCAGACAACAGAACUACACCAACUAUCAAUCCACAAGAUGAAAAAUUUUGUGCUUCUAAAGAUUGUAUGAAUAAAUUAGUUGCAGAGGAAAAUAAUUCUUGCAUCCGGAAAAAGAGUUCUGUAUGGAAAUUUUUUGAAAACAAGGAUGCUCAAUAUGCUGUAUGCGUCAUUUGCAGUGCUAAGGUUAAGCAUUGUGGUGGGACAACGAAUUUAAAAUCACAUUUAGUCAGAAACCAUCGAUUAUUGUGUUCUGACAUAACGAAUAAAAGAGAAACAUCAGAAUCUAGUUGUGAAUCGACUGAUGAUCCGCCACUCAAACAAAAAAAAUUGUCAAAGGAGAAUCAGCUAUCUCGAAUCGAUGAGGCUUUUAAGAGGGAAAAAUCUUUCGCAGAAGGAGGACUACAGUCUGAUAAAAUUACUGCAGCAUUAAUGUUUAUGAUCGCUAAAGAUAAAGAACCUUUAUCUAUAGUUCAUAGAGAAGGCUUCAAACAUUUAAUGAAAAUAAUAGCCCCACUUUAUCGUAUACCUGAUCGAAGAAAAAUUACCAAAUUAAUGGAGAAUCGCUACGUUGAAUUAAAAGAGUUUUAUAAGGUCAAUCUCGAAAAAGCUUUGUCCUAUACCUUAACAUGUGAUAAUUGGACAGACUGUACUUUCCAAAGUUAUUUGGGUGUCAUUAUUCAUUACCUAUCUCAGAAUCUUAUCAUGAAAAACGGAUGUUUGGGAGUCUUUCCACUGCAUACGAAUCAUACAGCAGAGUAUCUUGCGGAGUGUCUUAAUUCUGUUAUUGACGAUUUUAAAUUGGAUAAAAAAAAGAUUAUGGCAAUUACCAGUGAUGGAGCAGCGAAUAUUAAAGCUGCUAUACAUAAUAUUGUGAGCCCUGAAAGACAUAUCUGGUGUUUUGCACAUUUUUUGUCUCACCUUGUACCUAAAGUAUUAAAGGAUAUGCCAGAGAUUAACAACAUUAUUACUAUGGUCAAGAAAAUUGUCACUCUUAUCAGAAGAAGUGUUGUGGCUUCAGACGAGUUAAAACGAUUACAAAUAUAUGACGGAAAAACAGAAGGAACUGCGUUGAAAUUUAUUCUCGACGUUCCGACUCGCUGGAAUUCCACUCUCUACAUGUUGGACAGAUUUCUCGUUUUGGAGAAGUACGUUCAUGCAGUUACUUUGAAAUGCAAAAGAACAGACAUUCCAGAUAUGCUAACUCGUGGUCAAAUUGAAGUUCUACAGGAAGUCGUGUCUCUCAUGAAGCCAAUUGAAUGUGUCAUCAAAGAAAUUAGCGGCAGCAACUAUCCUACUUGCAGUGUCAUAAUUCCAAUCAUUCGUUGUAUGACACUAUCUAUUGAACAAAUUUAUCCUUCAACAAACGAAGGAAUUCUUUUCCAGACAAACCUUCUUGCAUCCAUUCAACAAAAGUUUAAAGAUGUCGAAAACAAUAAAAUUCUUUCAAUCCCUACAAUACUUGAUCCGCGAUUCAAACGAAUCCAUUUCCAAAAUGCUCGUGCAGCAGCUGCUGCUGUAGAACAAAUCAACAAAGAAAUGAAAUUGAUUGGUGUGGAAAAAAAUGAAGAAAAAAGACAAGUUCAACGCAAUCCUGAGGAAACCAAUGAACAUAGUCUCUGGAAGGCUCAUGACGAUUUGGUGGCAAAAUAUACUGAUGAGAGUACACAAGAUGAACAUCUUAUCCAUGAACUAAGACAAUAUUUAAAGCAACCGGUGAUUGCUCGUCAUCACGAUCCAUUUCAACAUUGGAUAUCUUUAAAGCACUCGUUUCCAACGCUGUACGAACUGGCAAUUAGAUACAUCAGUAUUAUUAGUACUUCUGUACCAUCUGAAAGGAAGUUUUCCGAGGCAGGUGACAUUAAGAGCAAUGAGAGAAAUCGUAUAACGGUAAAAAUGCCCAUAUUUAAAGUCAUAGGACACGAUUUUAAGAGAAAGAUUUUAAUAGUUUGCAAUAAUCUCAAGAGUUUAAUUAAUGCCAGCGUAGAACGUUUAGGACUUCCAAACGUGGAGUAUACGGUUGUAUUACAAGAAGAUAAAACCGAAAUACACGAUGAUGAAGUUUUAUUAGCCCUGUCAGAUAAUUCCUCUACGCCGGUUACAGUAACGCUUAUCGAAAAACAAAUUUUAUGUGACCAAAAUGAUGGACUUCAUACCGAUGAUCGCCCUGGAUUAAAUAGUGAAAUGCUAUUGACAGUACUAGACCAAAAUUUAAUAGAUCAACAAGAUAUACCGAUUAUAUCUCUCACUCAGCCUCUCACUUUGGAAGAACAUGAUUCAAAUUUACCAAUACUUAUUGCAAGUGACAGUCAAUCAAAAGAUGAUGAUGUUUUGUCUAUGGUAGUAAACCCAAAAGAGAAAGAUGUUUCGAAAAAUACUAAAGAGUCCGAAACAAUAGAAGGCGAAAUAUUGCUGAAUUGUCCUAAAGAUUUCUGUGAAACAGAACCAUGGUACAAAUUUCCGAAACAGCUCAUAGAAGCAUGCGAAAAUGGAAAAACGCCACUGCCUGCUCAUAGACGUGCUAUGAUUUCAAUUCUCGCGGAAUAUCAAGUUGAUCAAUUGAAAACAAUAUCGAGAAUAGAAGCUGAAAAAGAAAAGAAGUUCCAAAGUUCUGAAACCGAUAAGUACGGUUGCGUGGCAUAUGAGCCUUCGUUACCAUUUGAUGAAACAAUGGAUACUCAACAAAUGAAAAAAAAUUGGCUUAAGGAACAAGCAACAAAACCAAAACGUGAUAUAGCACGCAUUAAAAUGACAACAGACAUAUCCGUUGCAAAGAAUGGAGUUCAAUCAUAG